GAUAAUAUACGAGUAUAUUUUAUCAAAGAUAUUUCCCUACCCCCUAUGGAUUCUGUUUCUGAGUGACGUGUGCAUAUUUCCCCUCUUCCACUUCUGAUCAAAGUUUUAUGGACCAUGUACCUCUUAGCCGUCAGAUAAGAUUCAUUACACACAAAGUAGUCUUGGAACAAGGCGGAAACUGCCUGAUAAUACUUAUCUUAUACGUAUAAAUAGUGGUCCAAAUAAUACUUUCUGAUUCAGUAUUCUUCAAAAUUUUCAUGAGUUUGAAAGUCUAAUUCUGUUUAAAGUUUAAUUUGAAUCCUUUUUUGUUCUCACUCUCUUUUUAAUUCGUGAAUUCUUUUUACUUCGUGUUAAUAAUUAUUAUAUUACAUUAUAUUGAUAAUAUAUUUGAAUUAACUUAAGAAAAUAAAAUAAAUCAAAUAAAAGAAGCACAAUUUACGUGCUGCGAAUUUUUUUAUUGCAUGUGUGAUAUACAAAGCACGAGAAUUACGCUCCAUACUCAGGGUUCUCUCUGUGAUAGGCUGGUAAGCCAGUCUACUGGUGGGUGUGCAACCAACAGCGGCAACUGGAAGUUGGCCCUGAACGCAGAGCCCCCGUGGCUUUGCUAGCACCCCCACAGUGAUCUUGUCUUAAUCCGCCUCCUCACGACUCAACCAAUUCUUGUUGACAGCUGCCUCUUUGCUGCCUAGCCCCUACAGAGUACCAUUUAAGUCUUUGAAAAAAAAAAGCAUUCAACAUGAAGGUAACAAAUUUGGAUGAACGUAUCCAUGUGUUGGACAAUGACUCAAAUGUCAUGACCGUCAUCAAAGAUAUUGCAAUGAGUGGAUUGCAAGAAGAAGCUUUCUAUGUACUUGACAUUGGAGAUAUUGUGCGCAAACAUCAAAUUUGGAAAGAGAAACUGCCACGCGUUGAUCCAUAUUAUGCUGUCAAGUGUAACGAUAAUUUAAUUGUAAUUGAAGUCCUGGCUGCGCUUGGAAUUGGAUUCGAUUGUGCUUCUAAAACUGAAAUUAAUAAGGUAUUAAGUACUGGAGUCGAUCCAUCCAGAAUCAUAUUUGCUAAUCCUGCUAAACCAGCUUCACAUAUUCGUCAUGCUGCUGCUAUGGGAGUUGAUACAAUGACGGUAGAUAAUGAAAGCGAACUGCAUAAAAUCAAAAAGCUUUUCCCAACGGCUAAGAUUGUAAUUCGAAUUCGUUGCGAUGCAGAAGUAGCUCAGUGUCAGCUCGGUAUGAAAUUUGGUUGCGAUCCAACACAGGAAGCUCCUAAUCUUUUGCGACUUGCAAGUAUAUUAAAUUUGGAUGUCGUUGGUAUAAGCUUCCACGUUGGAUCAGGAUGUCAAGAUCCACCUGUUUAUCAACGAGCUAUUCAUCAUGCAAGAUUAUUAUUUGAUUUGGCAUCUGACCUUGGAUUUAAUCCAUAUCUAUUAGAUAUCGGUGGUGGUUAUCCAGGAAAUAAAGGAAGUAGUAUUGACAAAAUUGCUGAUGUUAUUAACAAAGCUCUCGAUGAAUAUUUUAACACCGAUGCCGUACACAUAAUUGCUGAACCUGGUAGAUUCUACGUAGCAUCUGCAUUUACUUUAGCCACAAGUAUUCACAGCAAGCGUUCAGUACGUGGUGAUGAAAAUUCUCCAAAUUCAAUAACGCACAAUAUGUAUUAUAUCAAUGAUGGCGUUUAUGGAUCUUUCAAUUGUUUAUUAUAUGAUCAUCAACGUGUAACACCCCUUCCUCUCAAGAACGGUUGUGGAAAAAUGAUUCCCUCAAGUAUUUGGGGACCGACCUGUGACGGUCUAGAUCAAGUUGUUGAAAAUAUUCUUCUAUAUGAGAUGGAUCUUGGCGAUUGGAUUAUUUUUGAAAAUAUGGGUGCAUAUACAUUGCCUGUAGCUUCACCAUUUAACGGGUUCCCAGUACCAAAAGUUCAUGUUGUUGCUGAUGAAAGCAUUUGGCUCUUACUGAAAGAUGCAUUACCCUUAACCGAAGAUCACUUUGUAAUCGGUAACACACCAGCUAACUUACGACUUGGCCUGGACAUUGGAGGAACUGAUAUCGAUGCAUGGAAUAGCCCAACCAGAAUUGAAUUGGCAUCCGCUGAAAUGUUAACAGAAGAUGCAACAACAUCAUCGCCAUUCAUCUAUGAUUAUGUUGAGGUCGAUCCACUUAAUUAAUGUCUACAAAAAAGAAAAAAGAAUAAGCAAACGAACAGCUUUAUACGGUAAAUGAUAAACUCGCCAGCUUAUUAAUCGUAUUAACGAACUAAUAUUAUUAAUGAUAUAAUCGCAUUUUUUCUAUUUCCAAUUACAAAGAAAACGAAUGUGCUAUGAAUUUUUAUUACACAAAUUUUCGUUUAAUUUUCAAUUGAAAUAUUCUUUUUCUCUUUUCUCUUUUUUUCUUUUCUUUUUUCUUUUUUUCUUUUCUUCUUUCUUUUUCUUUUUUGAAAAGAGAUAUUAUUUUGAUUCGUCUUUUAUCAUAGGUCUGUGUGUAUAUAUAUAUAUAUUUUUUUUUUAUCG